CUGAACUUUAAUCGCUACAAUCACUGCCAGUAACAUUCCAGAAGAGAUCUACGAAUUUACCCCUUGAUCCCACGAACAAACCUGGAUAGCCAGGAACAGCAGGAUGUGGCCCGGCUCCGAGCGAGGAAGCUCCCGGGCGCUGGAAAACCCAACCAGUCAGCAAAAUGCCGGCGGUAGUAGUCAGCAGGAGACGCUGGCCGAUAUUGAACACAUAUCCACAAUCGCCGGUUCUUUGGCCUCCAUAGGAUCUAUUUCGCACACCCAAAUGCGAUAUCAAUGUACCAAUGAUGCCGGCUAUGAUACGGAACACACAUCCCUAAACUCGGACUUUGAUGAGUCCGAACUACGACGGGAGUUAUUGAGAGAUAAAUGGAAACUUCUCUUUGAUAUGUUUGAUCCCGAAGGUUUUGGCGAAAUAUCCGUCGAGGAAUUUCUGGUGGCCUUGAGGUCGCCGGAGUUCCUGUCCCAAGUACCUAUGAACAAGCGGGAACUGCUGCUGGAGCGAGCCAAGAAGGCGAAACUGCCAACAGGACCCGGCUACGUGACGUUCCAGGACUUUGUGAAUGUGAUGAGCGGCAAGCGGACGCGUAGUUUUAAAUGCGCCGUACACCAUCGAGAUCGUGAAGUCUGCUCAGAAAACGAUUUCCAGCUAGUGCUAAACGAACCGCCACUCUUCCGGAAAAUGGUGCACGCCGUGGCCAUGGAGAUCCUGCCCGAGGAGCGCGAUCGCAAGUACUACGCCGAUCGAUACACCUGCUGCCCGCCGCCCUUUUUCAUUAUCCUGGUCACUGUGGUAGAGCUGGGCUUUUUUGUGUAUCACUCUGUUGUCACGGGUGAGGCUGCUCCAAGAGGACCCAUACCCUCGGACUCCAUGUUUAUUUACCGCCCGGAUAAGCGGCACGAGAUUUGGCGGUUCCUCUUCUAUAUGGUUCUCCAUGCUGGGUGGCUCCACCUCGGGUUCAAUGUAGCCGUGCAGCUGGCUUUUGGCCUGCCACUGGAGAUGGUCCAUGGAUCCACGAGGAUCGCCUGCAUAUACUUUUCGGGAGUAUUGGCGGGAAGCUUGGGCACCAGCAUCUUUGAUCCGGAAGUGUUUCUUGUGGGAGCCAGCGGGGGAGUUUACGCUCUGCUGGCCGCUCAUCUGGCGAAUGUGUUGCUCAAUUAUCAUCAGAUGCGUUACGGAGUCAUCAAGUUGCUUCACAUUCUGGUUUUCGUUUCCUUUGACUUUGGGUUUGCCAUUUAUGCGCGCUAUGCUGGCGAUGAACUGCAGUUGGGAUCAUCGAGUGAAGUCGUGGCCAUAGAUCAAGCUGAAACAGUGGUUGCCGUUUCAUUUGUGGCCCAUUUGGCAGGAGCAAUAGCUGGCCUAACUAUUGGACUGCUGGUUCUCAAAAGUUUUGAGCAGAAGCUCCACGAGCAGCUUCUUUGGUGGAUCGCCUUGGGAACAUACUCAGCUCUGGUGGUCUUUGCCAUCGCCUUCAACAUUAUGAAUGGAUUUGCCAUGUUCAAUAUUCGCGUGGAAAAGAUCCGAGUGACGGAAACGUAUUUCAACGAUUUUCAUGUGUGAUGUCCCUGGAGGAUUUCAACAGGAUGAUUAGAAUUCAUUCCUAGUUUUGUCUUUAAUUGGUAGUUUGCUUACGUUUUGUUUAUUGCGUUCCGUUAAAGUUUUUAUUGUUUUCGGACGUCAAUUAGGUUUCCCGUUUAUUGUUUUGUUAGCACUGUAUCUGAAGGAUCGGAUAUAUAUCUCGUAUGCUUACUUGCCAUUCGGCGUAAAUUAUUUUGUUUUGUUUGCUAGUUAAGUACAAACAAUAUAUCGUAAGAAUUGUAAGAGAAUAUUUACAACAAAUCGAACUGAUUAGGUGUAACAUAAUGCUCAAGGAAUUCCACAUUUUCUAUAUAUACUUAAGUGAAACUGCAGAAUCAGAAGACUUUAUAUGAGCUAAGAUUAAAACUCCACAAUAAUCUGUAACAUACAAAAAAAAUUUAAUUAUAUAAAUGCUUUAAGGGCUAUAUGGAAACCGA